UGAGGGAAACGCGAUGCUGGAGAAGGGGACGAACUUUCCUGCUCUCACAACAGCCACCCGCAAAGAAGAAGAAAAAAUCCUUGUUUCAGUUGCCAACUCUACCCAAGGUUAUGGUGAAACACCAUAGACUUGUGACCACAUGCGCUUUCUUACAGUUAAACUGGACUGUUCGCUUUUGAAUGGUUGCAGGAACAAGUGGGAAUAUUCAAGGAUUUAGCCAACUGCACACCAGUAGAUAUCGUUUAACUCCUUCAUAUCCCAUAUCCUAUCUGAAACUAUUUUGUCCGAUCGACUAUUUCUUUAAGCGCAAACAUGAGUUUAUCGCAUGGAGAUAAGGGACAGCGUCGCCGACGACAAUUGGUGUUGAAUAGACUACCUUAUGUACGGGUGCCGCUGUCGACAAAGGGAGCCACUGUUUUCGCGAUCCUGGCGUUGUUCAGUAAAGUACUCUGUGCACAUGCUGCCUACCUCCAGUUUAGUGAGGAGCCGAAGUCCCAGGAUGCAUUGCACGGUCGCAGUGCAAUGCUGCGUUGUGAGGUCAGCAGCCUGGAGGACGUGGCCUACACCUGGCUGCAGAAUGGAGUGCCAGUGGCAAACACCGAAAGGCGCUACCAGGAGGGCGGGAACCUGAAGUUCACCGCUGUGGAUCGAACCCUCGAUUCUGGAAACUUCCAGUGUGUGGCCCUAAUCAAUGGCACAGGAGCAGAAGCACGUUCCAACAACGCCUCCUUCAAUAUCAAAUGGUUGGAGAGCGGUGCAGUCACACUUCAGGAGCCAGCUUCAGAGGCAGACAUCGAGAGCUCCUCCCUUGUGACGUUACGUUGCAAUAUCGAUGGGCAUCCACGGCCAACAUGCCGCUGGUUCAGAGAUGGCGAUCAUCUCACAGAGCGGGAUAAAAUCCAUCGCAUCAACAACAAAGAGCGAACACUCACACUAGCUAGCGCCACACCGGACAGCAACGGGGUUUACUACUGCUGCGGCAAGAACCCUGCUGGACACACCUGCAGCAGCCUCAACUUCACCCUCAACAUCGUUGAUAAAAGUUAUCCUCAGCCAGUGGUGAAGCCAGAAGAUCUGGUGGUACUCAAGAACGAGGAAGCCAUGUUCCACUGCCAGUUCACCGCUGAACCACCACCCACAGUUGUCUGGUAUCAUGAGGAUGAACCCAUCGCCAACAAGUCUCGGGUAUUCUUGAUGGGAAAUGGCUCACUUUUCAUCACCCAGGUGAAACCGCGGAACACUGGGAUGUACAAGUGUGUGGGCAAAGGGCCGCAAGGUCAAGCUGUAGCCCUAGAAGCAUCAUUGCGACUGGCUGAGCUGGAGGACAUGGUUAGCAGUAUGUCUCGCGUCUUCACGGCAGACUCCUUGGAGCGGGUGGCCUGCCGCGCCCCUCGUGGGCACCCCGAGCCUGAGGUGUGGUGGGAGAGGGAGGGGGAAAGGCUCCCUGAGGAGGGCCGUGUGCACCAGAACGGCCUGGACCUUGUCUUCAGCCCCACACAAGGAGAUGACACUGGACUCUAUAUUUGUGUGGCUCAGAACAAGGCUGGUAUGAAGAAGCAAGAGUUGACCGUGACUGUGGCCACACCACCAGUUUGGGUUCAGAAGCCGCCAGAGAAGAGUCAACUGCGAGAGGGUCAGGCAGGGUACCUGCACUGUCAUGCCAAAGCUAAUCCUGAGCCAGAGGUCAUUUGGUACAGAAACCAUGCCCCUAUUGAAAACGAGGAUGUGCGCUUUAAGCAGUUUCCUAAUGGGACCCUGCGCAUUAACACUGUGGAGGUAUAUGACAAGCACAUACAGUAUGGCUGUAUGAUCAGAAAUGAAGCUGGGAGGCUGACUGCAUACGCCAGUGUGUUUGUACUAGAGCGUCUGAAAUUCACGCCCACCCCUCAGUCCUCCCAGUGCCUGGAGCUGGAUAAGGAGGGUAGUGUGCAGUGCUCUGCAAGGGGACAAGAAACCCCCGUCAUCCAGUGGAUCAAAUCUGAUGGCAGUGAGAUCCCGCCCUGGGUGACACAAACAGGGGGUACGCUUCAGUUCUCAAAGGUGAUGCAGGCGGAUGCUGGGAACUACACCUGUGUGGCCUCCAACAGCCUGCAGGGGGAGAUCCGAGCGGAGGUGGAGCUCACUGUGGCAGAGUAUGUUUCCUUCAAGCUGGAGCCGGAGAACACCACUGUGUACCAGGGCCACACGGCCGUUCUGCACUGCCAGGCCAGUGGAGAUCCUGCUCCCUUCAUUCAGUGGAAGAAGAAAGACGCAAGGGCCAUUAGGAGCAGGUACCAAACAAUGCCUAAUGGGUCUCUGGUCAUUCACGAUGUGAGCAUGGAGGACACAGGAAGCUACAUCUGCAUCGCUGGGAAUAAGUGCAACAUUGGCCACACCUCUGCAGAACUCUAUGUCGUGGAGAAGCCUGUGCAGCACUCACUGGAAGUUGAGAAAACCCCAUAUAAGAUGAUUCAAACCAUUGGCCUGUCAGUUGGAGCAGCUGUAGCCUACAUCAUUAUUGUGCUGGGCCUCAUGCUUUACUGCAAGAGGAGACGCAAUGCAAAACGUCUGCAGAAGGGCCCUGACGAGGGGGAGGAGCCAGAAAUGGAGUGCCUUAAUGGGGGCGCCACUGUUCAGCAGAAUGGCCAGGCCACAGCACAGAUCCAGGAGGCGGUCGCCCUGACCAACAUGGCUGCCACAGGAAAUGCCAACAAACGCCACAGUACCCACGACAAGCUUCAUUUCCCCCGAGCCAACCUAAGCAAUAUCACAACACUAGGGAAGGGGGAGUUUGGCGAGGUGUUCCUAGCCAAGGUGAAGCUCUCGGAGGACGAAGACGAGGCAGUCGUGCUGGUGAAGAGUCUGCAGACGAGGGACGAGCAGCUUCAACAGGAGUUUCGUCGAGAGGCCGACAUGUUUUCCAAGCUGUGCCAUGCAAACAUUACACGCAUCCUGGGCAUGUGCAGGGAGGUGGAUCCACAUUACAUGAUACUGGAAUAUGCUGACAUGGGAGAUCUGAAGCAGUUCUUGAGGAACUCCAAAAGUAAAGAUGAAAAAGUCAAGGUACUCAGUACGAAGCAAAAAGUGUCAGUUUGCCUGCAGGUUGCUAAAGGGAUGGAACACCUGUCUAACCAACGUUUUGUGCACAAAGACUUGGCUGCGAGGAACUGUCUCAUCAGCUCCAAACGCCAUGUCAAAAUAUCAGCACUGUGUCUGAGUAAAGACGUGUACCACAGUGAGUACCAUCACUACCGACAAGCUUGGAUUCCCCUGCGCUGGCUUCCCGCCGAAGCUGUCUUUGAGGACGACUUCUCCACCAAGACAGAUGUGUGGGCAUUUGCCGUGCUUGUGUGGGAGAUCUUCAGUUUUGGAGAGCUUCCAUAUGCUCCUUUGGCUGAUGACAAGGUCCUAGAGGGUCUUCAGGAAGGGAAGCUGAAGUUGCCUCCUCCACACGGUUGUCCAUCACGGGUUUAUAAGCUGAUGAUGCGCUGCUGGGCCCCAAGCCCCAAAGACCGUGUGUCAUUCAGUGACAUUGUUACUGCCCUCAGUGAGCUGCCCUCUGAAAGCAAAGUCUAAAAUGGCCAUGGUGCUUUUCUCUCUCUCUCUCUCUCUCUCUCUCUUUCUCUCUCUCUCUCUGUGUAUGUAUGUGUGUGUGUGUGUGUGUGUGUGUGUGUGUGUGUGUACGCGUGUGUAUGUGUGUGUGUGUGUAUCUGUGUCUGUUUUACUGUAUGUGGCAAGACACAUAACUGAAAUACUCUAUUUUUCCACCAUGGAAUACUCCCCAAAACAUAUUUUAUUUUAUGGGGUGAUGCAAAUGUACUGGCCAACCAGAUGCCAUUUACAAAGGUGUUUGACUUUUGUGAAAGUAAAGUUCAAUGAAAUUAUUCUCUUUAUCUUAUCAGUGGUUCAAGGUUUCUUUUGCUUGAACAUAGUGUGUGAAACACAAUGUAAAGGCCAUGCACUGAUUCAUUGUUUAUUUUAAAUCACAGUUUUGUUUAUUUUAUAUAGCUGGAAUUUUUCAUGUCUGUCCUCAAGGUCUUUUUAAAUGUCAUUGUAUUGUACAUAAAGGUACUGUUUAUGUUUAUGUGUCUUUAUAUUGUUCAAAUGUAUUUUUGUAUGCAUUGAAUAAUUCCCCAGGAAAGAUUUGUAAAUAAAAAAUGGUGUAGUUAUGACCGAACUUCACUUAAAUCCUAAGUGCCUGUUUCAAUGAAGGAUUUUUUUUCUAUAGUAGCAUAUGUUAUUAACUUUCAAAAUGAUUUGUACAUUUAUGCAUUUUGUAUUUUCAUCCUGAUGUUUUAUACUGUAGUGUUUUUACAUUUAUUUUAACAUGUAUAAAAACGUAUAUCCUAUGUUUGACUGAGUCCACUAAUAUAACCGUUAAGCGUAUGCUACCUACCAUCUCAAAGAACUCUGUCAUGACAUGCUGCAAAUACAAUUAAACUAC